AUGAACGAGGGCGUCAGAAACGCAGAAAGGCAAGCAAGCUCCUUUGAUACUCGACAGGCUCCAACUGACACGACACAGCGGGAACUACCCCCUGGGCUCUCUGCACGCGACGCUGCCAUUCUGCGCUCCGUCAAACGUCGAGCCCACUACCUCGACAAAGGUUUCAACCUCUGCGGUUUACGCUUCGGUUGGACCUUCAUCAUCAAUCUGGUCCCCGUCGUUGGCGACGCCAUCGCUGCCCUCCUCAACUACUCCCUCGUGGUCCGCAAAGCCCGCAAAGCGGACCUCCCACCCUGGCUGCUCUCCCGCAUGAUGGCCAACAACGCGGUCAGCUUCGCUGUAGGGUUCAUCCCGUUUGUGGGUGAUGUCUUACUCGCGGUGUUUAAAGCGAACAGUCGCAACGCAGCAUUGUUGGAGGAGUUCUUGAGGAUCAGGGGAGAGGAGUACUUGAAGUUGCACCCAGAGUUGUUGAUGGAGCAGGCGAACGGGAAACAGAAGAAAGGGAGUGGGUGGUUUGGGUGGGCUCGGAAGGCGCCCUUGUCGGAGAGUGACCGGCAGCAGAUUAAACCUGGAUCUGGGAUGAAACCCGGGGAAGUGGUCCAGGAGGUUUCGGUUGUACCGCCUGCUGAGGAACAAGCGACCGCUUCCCAUAAGAACGGCAGCAAGGGCAGGUUCUUGUCGGUAAUCCGCAAAGAGAAGCCACCUCCAGCAUCCUCUACUACCGCGUCCACCUCCGCUGUAUAG